UCUGUGAAUGUUGAAUCGAAUUCCAAUCGCCCAAUCAAAUUCAAAUAUUGUUCAACCAUAACAAAAACUUCCCCAAAUCCAAAAUCUCAAACCCGAAAUACCCUUCUUCUGUGCUGUUCAUCUCCCUCCCGGGGUCUUGAUUUGUCAAGAUCCUGGAAAUCUCGAAAGUGUAUAGCAUUUUUUAAAUUUGAUUGGGCAGGGGAGGGGAGGGAAACCAUGAAUCCGAACUGGGAACUGAGGAAUUGCUGCCGGCAUGAGCAAGUAGUGUUUCUUGCCUCCAUUGGCGUCUUCACUGUGGUUAUACUUGCUUUAUGGAGGACAUUUUUGCUCACACCUUUUAAGCUCAUCACCGUAUUUCUUCAUGAAGCCAGUCAUGCAAUCGCUUGUAAGCUUACGUGCGGCGAGGUGGAGGGCAUCCAAGUUCACGCUAACGAAGGGGGCAUGACUCAAACGCGCGGCGGCGUGUAUUGGUUGAUCUUGCCAGCUGGAUAUCUUGGCUCAUCCUUUUGGGGCAUGGCUCUUAUACUCGCGUCAACAAAUCUUCUGACUGCGAGGAUUGCUGCCGGCUGUCUUAUUCUUUCGCUUGUGAUUGUACUCUUUAUCGCCAAAAAUUGGACGCUGCGCGGGCUUUGUAUAGGAUUCAUAAUUUUUAUAGCUAUUAUCUGGGUUCUGCAAGAAACAACAAAAGCCCGUAUCCUUCGAUAUGUUAUUCUCUUCAUUGGUGUGAUGAAUAGCCUGUUUUCGGUCUACGACAUAUACGAUGAUCUGAUAUCUCGAAGAGUUCACUCGAGCGAUGCUGAGAAGUUCGCCGAGCUCUGUCCCUGUCCCUGUAAUGGAGUCGGAUGGGGAAUCAUCUGGGGAAUGAUAUCCUUCGUGUUUCUGUGCGGGUCGAUAUACCUCGGACUUGUAAUCUUGUCUUGAUCGAUGUUCAUUUCUUGCACCAUUAUUUUUUCCCAAACUGUUUUAAUGUGAUUAAUUUGGCUUUGUUUUCUUUUCAAGGAAUGUGUUUGUUUGUUUUUUAGUCUUUAUUAUUUUUACAUUGUAUAAUCUCUUACAUUAAAAUUAUUGAAUGCUAAGUUGGAGAUGUGAUUGUAAA